AUGCUUACUAAUUCGGCUUUUCUCCCAGCUCUUCUCGUAGCAGGGCUUCUCCUUUCCAUUCCCAAACUCCUAAGCUUCAUCCGCAAAUUGCGCAUCUACCUCAAAUAUUGCAAGUCGCAUCGAGCCUUCAGUAUUGAAGCAGGUCAAGGGAAAUAUCAAUGGCUUGAGGACCCGUUUUCACAGUCACCGAACUUCUGGUUGUGUCGAUAUGCUGCCAUAAAACAUGUCUUCAGCCGAGCCGCUAUACACGAGACAGAUCAUCGAGCUGGCUUCGAUUGGUUUCAUUAUGCAGGUUGGGAAAUACCGACAUUUGAUCCACGCUACAAGCAUACAGUGCGUGACGCCGAUCAGGCGGUGCAUGGAAAGCUAGCAAAGUCGAAACUCAACACAUUACUUGAUACUGUGCAGGAUAUCGGCUAUAGCGAGAUCGAUCGUAUUAAAGCUGCCGUUGGUCGAGAUGGAAGCACCGUCUCACUUCACUCGCUGAUGUAUCGAUUGGGUUACAACGUCAACUGCAUCGGCAUUUUUGGUCCUGACCUCGACCACAUUUCACAGAACGCCAGCAUGGGCAUGGACGUUGACGCUGCGCGCAAAGCUAUUCAUCUACCCGGUCAAAUCUCUGCGGCCUGUGGAAGUCCAUGCCGCAGAGAUCACCAACGAAGGCCUUCGCUUCGACCGCCAACUAAAGCUUAUCGAUGUACCAAAAGUAUAUAG